AUGGGUACUUCACCAUGUUUCAAAAAGAAGAAAAAAGUGAUUGCAAAGAUAGGCCAUCGAUCAUAGUUAAGUGAUAAGAGCAUAAGAGUAAGUGAUGUUCAAAUAUGAGAGUUAAUACAUGAAGACUUUGUAGAGUAAAUAGCUGAUGAUUAAGGGGAGAAGGAAGAAGAUGUAAAUUAGAUAAAUAAGAAUAGAACAUAGUAUAUGAUUACAUUGAGGGGGAUUUGAUUUAGGAGGGAUGCAAUGUUUAUUGUGCAUUGAAUACAUUGAAUGGGUAGCUUUUGGCAUUCAAAAUAGUAUUUAGUCAUAUGAGAAUAGUUUAAAUUAAGUAUGCAGGAUGAUUUCAACAAUAUAAUUAAUUUCGUAGACUAGCUAACAAGGUUGGAAUUGAAAAAUGUGCAUAAAAUAAUAGGAUGGGAUUAUUCAAUAUAAAAUAAUGAGGAAGUUAAAGAUGAGAUAAGAAUUCUAAUGCCAUAUGAAAGUGGUGGUUCAAUAAGUUGGUUGUUGUAGAAGUUCAAUUCAUUUUCUAGUCAAUUGGCUCUAAUGUUUAUGAAGUAAAUAUUAUAAGGAUUGGAAUGUCUCCACAAUUCUGGAAUUCUGCAUAAGUAUCAUCUAAAUUUAAUAAGGAAUUUAAAAACAUCCAACGUUUUAGUAGAUGGCGAAGCAAAUGCAAAGUUGAGUGAUAUCUAUAUUUUGAAGGAUUAUAAAUUGUCAGUCUAUAGUGCUCCAGAGUGUUUCAAGGGUUAAGAAUAUUGUGAAUAAUCUGAUUUGUGGAGUGCUGGUUGUAUCUUUAUUGAAAUGUUGACAAGGGUAUAGCCUUGGCAUUAUUUAUCUGUAAACAUCAAUCUCGAAUAGAUUAGGAUGUGCAUUGAUUAAGGAUGUAUAUAUUCUGAUUAAAAUACAAUAGAGUUAUUUCCUUAUUAAGAAAUCACUAAGAACGAAGAGAUUUUGUAAAUAUUCAAUUCAAUCUUUAAGAUCAAUCCCAAAGAGAGAGCAACAUCUGCUGAGUUACUUAAUCAUUCUCUCUUUAGAAGUGAUUUAAUAUUCAUGUUAUUGUAGAUCUGGAAAGUGAACCCUUGAAAUCAGAAAUCAUUUCUACUAGAAGAUAGUUACAAAUUAGAAAUGAUGACAGAAAAUCAUAUAAAAUUUAGAAUAGCAAUGUUUCAAAUUCAAGUAUACGGUACUCUAUUCGAAGAAGUCACAAUCCUUAUUCGACUAAAUAUCAACAUGUUCUAUAACAAUUGAAAUCUAUUCACCUUGAUUUUAAGAAUACUAAUAACCAUUUUGAUAGUCAAUUAUUAUCUUAUAUUGAUAUUUAGAAUGUCCUAUCAAAGAAGAUCUAAAUGGAAACUAAAUUAAAAGAGAUUAGCAUUCAAUAAGCCAAUUAAGAUAAAAAUAAUCGAUAGUCUCGACCUAAGGAAAUAUCUUCAUUAAACAGAUAUAAUUAGACUGGAGACUAUUCCUUUUCAAAGUAGAAUCAUCUAAGAAUUCCAAGUCUGAACAAAUCCUUAAAUAGUAGUUAUGAUAGAGUAUAGACUAUUAGAUAAGUUGAUCCUUCAAUUAGAAUCAAUGGUCUAAGAAGGAAUGCUGAGGAGAUCCAGAAAUUAGAAGAACUCAUGUUUUAAUAAUUCUACUUAGAUUAAAAUAAUAACAAUGAGCAUUAUUCUAAAUCUAAUCUGAAUGAUAUUGAAAAAAUGAUGAUGGAAUAAUUUCAAUCUUCACUAUUUAAAUCUUCUAUAUCUGAUUAAAAGUAAUAACCUGUUCAAUAACCAAUCCCAGUAACCUCAGAGAUCAUUAAUUAAUAAUCUCCUAAUUAUUUUGAAAAGCUAAUGUAAGAUUAAUUUUUCUAGGAUAAUGAUUCAGAAGUUGAUGAAUUACAAUAAUUGGAAGAUCUGAUUAACCAAUAGUUUUAUUAAGAUUAUAAGAAAUAGGGUACUAACAAUGAAGAAUAAAAAGUUCAAUAGAAAAAGAUUCAAGAGAAUUUAUCAAUUGUUGGUAUUUUUAAUUUAUUAAGUAGCCUUUGAUUAACUUAUUUAAUCUCCAAAAAUUAACACGAUAGAUGAUGAUUUUUUAAUAAUGUUAGAAUGA